UGCGUUGUUUAAAAAUUCCCGCAAAAUAUAACUACUCGUAAACAGACAAAUAUCCAGCGCAGCAUCUACCACACUCUCUACAUCACAUCUACUGUCAGUCUAUUGCCCAGACCUCUUUAUCGCCGCCGCCGGCACUUCUCCCUAGGGUUCCGUUCCUCCCCGGAGACGACGAUGCUUCCUUAUCACUCUCUCCACGAAGCCGAGACCGCUCUCGGUCGCAAUCUCACCUUCGCCGAAACCCUAUGGUUCAAUUACUCAGCCACAAAAUCCGAUUACAUUCUCUUUUGUCAUAACAUUAUCUUCCUCUUCCUCAUCUUCUCCCUCGUCCCUCUCCCUCUCGUUUUCCUCGAAAUCAAACGUCUUUACCCCUUCGAUUCUUACAAGAUCCAACCUAAAGUUCGCUUAUCACUCAAUGAAAUGCUUAAAUGUUACAAAGAUGUUAUGCGUAUGUUCUUCCUUGUCGUUGGUCCUCUUCAACUCGUUUCGUAUCCUUCCGUCAAGAUGAUUGGAAUUAGGGCAGGGUUACCGUUACCGUCAGGAUGGGAAAUCGUAUCGCAAUUAUUGGUGUACUUUUUGGUGGAGGAUUAUACGAAUUACUGGAUCCAUAGGUUUCUGCAUAAUAAAUGGGGUUAUGAGAAGAUUCAUCGUGUUCAUCAUGAAUAUCAAGCUCCGAUUGGAUUUGCGGCGCCUUAUGCUCAUUGGGCGGAGAUCUUGAUCCUUGGGAUUCCAUCUUUUCUUGGACCGGCUAUGGCUCCGGGUCACAUGAUUACUUUUUGGUUGUGGAUAGCAUUGCGACAAAUUGAGGCCAUUGACACGCAUAGCGGGUAUGACUUCCCCUGGAAUCCCACUAAAUAUAUUCCAUUUUAUGGUGGCGCUGAGCAUCAUGAUUACCAUCAUUAUGUUGGAGGACAAAGCCAAAGCAAUUUUGCAUCAGUUUUCACAUACUGUGAUUACAUCUAUGGAACUGACAAGGGUUAUCGGUAUCAGAAGAAGAUACUUCGUAAGCUGAAGGAAGAGUUGACAAAUGGUGCUGCACAGAACGGAGGAUCAUACAAUGCACAGGAUAAUUAUAAAUCUGAAUGAGAGACAGAAAUUACCUUUUUCAGAACUUAUUGCAUGGGCCCUUUGAAACUACCAAAAUUUCUUGUAGACAUAUAAAUAGAACUAGUAAAAUAGAUGUCUUUGGUUAGCUUCAGGAUGGAGACUAGUAGAAUGAGGUUCUGUUGUCAUGUUUUGGAAUUCGAACAUUUUGGUUUUGCUUUUAUGUCUAUGUAAGAAUGAUCAUUUCCCUGUGGGUUGUAAAUUCUGGAAAUAUGAAACAGGCUUCCUCCUCUGGGAUGUAAUUCAAAAAGCAAAAUAAAAUUUAGAACUUUGGUUUUUUGAAA